AUGGGAGUGUGUGGUAUGCAUCCUGAUCAUCAGGAAACUCUGAAAAAGAACCGAGUGGUGCUGGCCAAACAACUGUUGCUGAGUGAACUGUUGGAACAUCUCCUGGAGAAGGACAUCAUCACUUUGGAAAUGAGAGAGCUCAUCCAGGCCAAAGUGGGCAGUUUCAGCCAAAACGUGGAACUCCUUAACUUACUUCCCAAGAGGGGGCCCCAGGCUUUUGAUGCCUUCUGUAAGGCGCUGAGGGAGACCAAGCAGGGUCACCUGGAAGAUCUGUUGCUCACAACCCUCUCUGAUCUUCAGCAUGUACUCCCACCGUUGAGCUGUGACUAUGAUGUGAGUCUCCCUUUCCCAGUGUGUGAGUCCCAUCCCCCUCACAAGCAGCUCCGCCUGUCUACAGAUACUGUGGAACACUCCCUAGAUAAUGGAGAUGGUCCACCCUGCCUUCAGGUGAAGCCUUGUACUCCAGAAUUUUAUCAGAAACACCACCAGCUG